AAUCAAAACGGGUACCCAAUAAAUAGUCUUUCUACGGCUCGAAACGAAGCUUCCUGGAAGCUCACUAUGGCUCUCCUCUCACUACUCCUUAUAACCACCUCCAUCUUCCUCCUUCCUUCCAUCAAACCUCAUUGUUAUCAUUCCCUUCUCAACCCUUUCCAUCUUUAUAAUCAUGAAGUUCGCCGGAAAAAUCAACCCCAAAAACCUCUUCAGAUCCAAAAAACACGGUACCGUUUCGAGAUCGGAGUCAUCUUCUUUCGGUUCAUCCAUUACGACGACGUCUGGAUCACCGGACUCCACUCACCACCACAAAUCCAAAUCAAAGGGCCUUGCGACACCGACUAGCGUCUUAUUGACGCACUCGCAUGAAAUAUCUUCCGAUGACUGGUCGGAUAUCUCCGCCGACGUACAGUUUGAGCUGGUGCACGCGUUCCGGAUUAUGGACACCGACGGCGACGGAAGGAUAACACGAGCGGAGUUGGAGGCUCUGUUGAGCCGAAUCGGAGGUGCUGAGCCACUUAGUCCGGAGGAACUUAGCUUGAUGCUUAACGAAGUCGAUAGAGACGGUGACGGAAGCAUAAGUCUCGAGGAGUUCUGCGUGAUUAGCUCCGCUUUCGGACCGCCGUCGUGCGACGAAGAACUGAGAGGCACGUUUGAGUUUUUUGACACGGAUCGUGACGGCUUGAUCACGGCGGACGAGUUGUUUUCGGUGUUUAAGUCGAUCGGCGGUGGACAGUGCACACUAGAGGAUUGCAGGCGCAUGAUAAGUAGCGUGGACAAGAACGGGGAUGGGUUCGUGUGCUUCGAGGACUUCACGCGUAUGAUGGAGCAGCAGAGAUAGAGACACACAAACAUACUGUAAUCGCUAGAUCCUCUAAAAAACAUUCUAAUAUUAAAUCAAAUAUCAAAUUCUUGAAAUUAUUUUGUAUUUUUCUAAUAUUGGCUUUCAUUUGUGGCGAUGGUGUGUUAGGUGGGCCAUCAAACCAGAUGAUCUAAUUAGAAUAAACGGCUCAGAUUAAUCGAGUUUCU